AUGGCCCGCCAAGGAUUGGGAAUGCGGCGGGGGAUGAGGGAGGACGGAGGAGAGGUUCCCAGCGGCGUGUUAUCCGCGUGCGUGAUGUCAACAGGUGUCUGGGAACUUGGAUUUGUAGGAGCUUUUUGCAGCUUAAAUGCUGUAAGAAGGUUUUUUGUCGCUGAAGAAAUACACUAGAAUGAUUUUUGAUGAAUCUUACAACAGACUUAGGCUUUACUUGAAUUUUUUGAUGGGUGAUCUUCAGACUCCCUUUGAUUUUUGCCGUAUAUUUAGUCAAAACCGUAUACCAUUUACUGGAAGCUUUAGCUGGUGCGUUGCUUUCUAAUAAUUGCGGUCUAAUACUGACGGUUUUGGUGCGGAAAAAAAUCUGUUUGUUGGGAAUCUCCUUUCGGCCCAAAAAUCCCGGUGGUUGCUGCGACACGCGAGCUAAGACCUCACAUAUGUCUUGAAGAAGAUUUAUCUAUGUCUUCAUCAAAUUUCAACAAAAUUUGAGCAUGUAAUCCUAUAUUAUAGCCCUUCUAGAACGAAAAAAUUUUCUGGUUUCUUGUGAUUUUUUGUACAGAAUUUUCUUUCACAUAUUUUUCCAACUUCCUUCCACAAUUUACAUUAAUUGUCCCAGCUCAAUCUUGAUAAGAUCUCUCCAAAGUGUCGUGCGAUUCUCGCGGCUCUCGCCGGACCUCUCCAAUGCCCGCAAGGGAGACGUUCCGGCACUCGAGAUGGACAACUCGACUCUUUUUAA